AUGGCGGAGCAAGAUGCGCUGAUCGACUCCACCACAGCCCCUGCAGAGACUUCGUGCUGUUGCUGCUGCAACCCAGAGAGGAACAUCUCGCAUGAGUUUAUCCAUGAGCACCUCAAGGGCAACCCGCUAUUUGGAUGGUGGCACAUGCCAAAGUUGCAGCCCUGGGACGUCCUGGACAAACUCAGGGACAAGCUCACCGACCGCAAGAAGUUUCCUGCCCUACCAGUCGUCUUCAAGGAGGAGGCUGAGAUGACCGUGGGCUAUGCGUCUGCGAAGGAGAUGCUGUCAAUGAUGUACGAGGCGACGAAAGUGUCCGGGAUUUGGGAAAAUGUUCCCGAGAAACUCCGCGGAGUCUUCUGGAUGAAGGGCAACGGCGUCGGGGAAGAGCUGAUGGUGCUGCAGUACGGCCGGUGGUUUGAGAAGGAGAAGAUCCUCAUCACGCCGAUGGCACCCUUCAUGUGGGCCUGGCCAGCAGGAAAGCCCAGUGAGGCUCCCUACUGGGGCGCCAUGUAUGGUCCAACAACGACCAUGGUCGGUGCACGCAUCCUCUGCGGGACUGGCCUCCCCAGGCCACCCUCUCCCGCCACCUACUCGCUGAAGUUCUCCGGCGAGGACUUGACCUACGCUGUUAUACAAGCCGGCUCAGACUUGACCAAGGACAUGGUGAACGUCGGAAGCCUCCUCCCGCCCUGCUCCUGCUUGACGUGCAUCCGUGGGAAGUUCACCCUCGAGCUCCAGCCGAGCACUCUACCGGAGCCGGGCAGCCACUGGAAGCGCGGUAUCUGGUGGGGCCCAGGGACUUGCACAUUCUGUCCGUUCGGCGGCUACAACUUCGUCAAGGUGCUCCGGGGAGAUGGUGAGCCUAAUGAGCCCUAUUACAGCGAGUUCCUGAAGUACAUGGACGAGAUCAAACUUUUCACUUGGUCCGGUUUCCCAGACAGUGAGCGGCAGUCACCCGAGUUUCGAACUCUUGAGGAAGCCGCUAGACUGCGCGGCGCGCUUUGA